AUUUCUCGCAUCGUUCACAUCGCUCGCGAAUUGCAAUCUACUAUUUGAGAUUCGACUGAGAUUUUUUGUUUUUCAGAACGACACAACACAAAGAUAUGGCGGAAGAGGCCCAGGUGAAUCAGGUCAUCCACGUCAAAACCGUUGAUUUGUGGAAGGAGCACUUCGAAAAGGGGAAGGAAUCCAAGAAACUGGUAGUGGUUGAUUUCACCGCUUCAUGGUGCGGACCGUGCCGUUUAAUUGCCCCAAUUCUGGCGGAACUAGCCAAGAAGACACCCGAGGUCAUAUUCCUCAAGGUUGAUGUGGAUGAGUUGAAGCCUGUUGCUGCGGAGUGGGAAGUGGAGGCAAUGCCAACCUUCCUCUUCCUGAAAGAAGGCAAGGUUGUGGACAAGCUUGUGGGUGCUAGGAAAGAGGAGCUUCUGGAGAAAGUUGUAAAGCAUUCCGCUGCUAUUUGAUUGCCUAUGUGGAUUGUUAAUAAUUUAUGAUGUUGUUUUUUUGGAAGACACAUGCUCUAUGUUUAAGUAUCUAUGUAUGUGGUGCUUACUCUAUAGCCCUUUUGUGUGACAUCUGGUUGACAUGAAACCAUCUAUGGAUGUUGUUAUCUCAACCAUUUCAUUAGUCAAAUAAGUUUAGUUUGAUACAGAUGUGUAAUCACUUGACAAUAAUUUUAGAUUUGGUCUAAUGUAAGUGAUAUUGGGUUUGGACUAUUGUGUGAACCAUUUUUAA